AAUGAUACACAUUACGACCAACACACCGGUGAUCACACGAAUAAUGUUUCACGUUCCACCGAUCACACGCUUAAACUGCAAUUUAAAAAAAUACAUACAAUUUGUUACAUUUUCCCAGUUAAAAAAAUAUAGUUAAUUGAUAUUGAGUCGACUUUAACACGUUUACAUGUGAGUGUUCAAUUUUGAUUUCAACGAGGGAGGAAACAUUCCUAUGUUCACCUGGAAGCCAUUUUUGAUCAAUAUGUGGAUCUUGGGAAAGGGUGAUUGCAAACUAAGAAUUCUCACAUAAUGUAGCAGGAGACGCUGAAGGACUUUAAGAAGGAAAGAUAAAAAGAUCAAGGCAUCAAACAGAAAUCUUUCUGUAUUUUGAAAACGGCACUAGAUUGCCGAACUGGUAACCAUGGAAACCACGACCAGUGCUCUAGACAUCCCGGUCAACUACAUCCUCGGGCGCUGCAUGUUCGGUAACUGGGACGACGAUGAUGAGCCAACAACGACGAUGUUGAGCAUCCUGAACGUCUCCUAUGUUGUCAAGGAGCGAGUGGGACCGUGGUGGAAGGGAGCGUGUCUGCGACGAAUACGUCAUAAGCUCGUCCUCAGAGAUGCCUGCAUGCAUCUAAAGAGCGGACAGAUCACGGCGGUCCUGGGGGGUUCAGGGUCGGGUAAGACCUCGCUGCUAGACUGCAUCGCCCAGCGUGCGGACGGGGUGGUGUCUGGCAAGGUCUACUACAACAACAUGGAGUGUACGCCGGACAUCGCCCAGACAUACAUGAGCUACGUCAUGCAGGCAGAUCGCCUGCUGCCCAGCCUUACAGUGCGUGAGACGCUUCGGUACAGCGCGCAGCUUCGACUUCCUGGCUGGGCAUCGGACUUUGACAUCGAGGAGAAGGUGAGCAAGGUGAUUAUAGAUAUGGGGCUGCGUCACGUGGCAGAGUCCAGGAUAGGGGGCGGCAUCGUCAGGGGAAUUUCCGGUGGUGAGAAGCGCCGUGUUACCAUAGCGAUACAGCUCCUUCAAAACCCUAAGAUCCUUCUCCUUGACGAGCCCACGAGCGGUCUGGACAGCUUUACUGCAAGCUCCCUGAUUGCUUGCUUGCAGAACCUUGCGCAUCAGAGCGGCAAGAUAGUCCUGCUCACCAUUCAUCAGCCACGCUCGGAGAUCUUCAAAAUGUUUGAUAAGGUGGCGUUACUGUCCAAUGGCCAGAUGGUGUACUUUGGGGAGGCCUCCCAGAUGGUUCCCUACUUCUCACAGCUGGGCUACAGAUGCCCUACGUACACCAACCCAGCAGAUUACUACAUUGAUCUGACAAGUGUGGACCGGCGGGACAAUGAGCGCCAAGGGGAGACAGAGGAGAGCCUUCGGGAGCUCGUGGAGGCCUACAGCAAUUCCAUGCUGCACAAGGACGUAGUGUACGAGAUCAUUGAGGACACCAUGAAGCCAUCCACGGGACGCCAGAUCCUCGCGCAGAAGAUCAACCACUUCCGGCCACAGAACUCCAGCUUCUUCCGUAGCCUGUUCACCUUAUUGCGGCGGAUGACCUUGAACGUAUUCCGGGACCGGACGAGCUACGUGUCACGCAUGUUCCUACUCUCAGGGUUUGUGCCGUUCAUCUGCAUCUUUCUGGGCCACCUGGGCACCAACCAGACAAGCGUCCAGGACCGCAUCGGGCUCUUGUACCAGAGCUCGCAGGUGCCGGCCAUGGCAGCUGUGCUCAACGCUAUUGCGCUAUUUCCGGUGCUGCGGGACCUCUACUACCGCGAAUGUCGGGACGGCCUGUACUCAGCUACCACGUUCCUUCUCGCCUAUCUACUACACAUCCUGCCUUUCACCAUGUUUAGUUCCGCCACAUUCUCCAGCAUUGUCUACUGGGUGACGGGUCUGCAGCCUCAGACUGCGAACUUCCUGAUCUACACGGCGAUCAUCCUGUUCCUGCACCUGUUCGGCGAGACCAUGAGCGUGCUGCUGAUGGGCGCCUUCAUGAACCCCAACCUGGUCAUCAGCAACGCCGGCAUCAUUCUGUCGGCGUCGGGACUCAUGGCCUCUGGCUUCCUCAGGAACGUGGAGAAAAUGAUACCAAUCUUCCAGUGGGCGGCCUGGGGAAACAUCUACAAGUACGCCGGGGAAAUACUGGCCGCCAACGAGUUCCACGAUCUGCAACUCACCUGCGGCAGAAACGGAACGUUUUGUCUGCCCAAUGGAGACAGUUACUUGAAGCUUGUAUAUCCGGACGCCGUGGAAAACAUGACAAGAAACUUCUGGGCCGUGACUGGAUUCACUUCCGCUACGUUCUUCUGCGCCAUCGUCGUUUUCAAAAUACGAGGAAUACCAAACCUUAGCUGAAAGAUCGGGCCUGCAGGGAAUGUUCGGGCUUAGUCGAACAUGCCCGUCAUUUCCCGUAUGCGCGUAUUUUAGAAGUGCAAUAUUACCAUUCUUAACAGUAAACAUGACAAAUUAUAUAUUUUUUUGUUCUGACUUUUACGUAGAUAAAUAACUACAUAGAUUUAAGUGGAACUAAAGUUUGUUAAUAUAAUUUUAAUUAUGAUGAGAAAUAAAUUAUGUGAUAGAAAAACAAGGACUGUAUGUCAACGGUUUGAGCAAUUUACAUUAACGAUGGAUCUAAAUAAUAAAGUGUUCCUAUUUCAAACCUAUUUAACACUUACAAAACUAUUUACACGUUUGCUGUCCAUUUUUAUGACGUCACCAUUGAGCCAUGAUGACGUUAUUUACCCUGUUGUAAUGACGCUCUGGAUAAACCCCAAUGUCCGUGAGCCGAGGAAACAACAAGGCUUCUGUUAAAAGUGAUUGUUGUCAAUGUGUUUGUUUUUUUUCGUUUUAGUGUUUUGGAAUUUGAACGCUAUUUUAUUUAAAUGUAUCUAUGUACAGUUGUAUUCGUUCAUUUCAUGAAAAUUCAUAAUCUAAUAUUGUCCAAGCUUGCAUUGUAAUAUUCUAUGCUCGGCUCGCAACUGACAAUCUGUAUUUUUUAAUGGUACAAAAGCAGAAUAUAUUUUAAGAAAGUACAUCUUUGAUGUCAUAAAGAGAAUAUGUCAUGAGUAUUCACAAUUUAUUUUCCGAAACGUCUGCAUUAUAAAAAAAUUAAAGGUAAACUUCAUUUAGCAGGUGUCUAAUCAUAAUUAUUUGAAGAUUGCUUUUUGUUUUAUAACAUAUUAAAGAAAGGUAAAUAGCAUUCAAAUGUGUGAUUCUAAUUGUUAUUAACACCCGGUCAUUUGUAUUGUAAUAUUUUCCCAUGCAUGCAUGAUUUUUAUUUAAAUAUAUCUAGUCAAGAUUUCAUCUAUUGCGUUUUCAUGUUUGAUCAAUUAUUUUUUUGAUUUCAUUUCUUAAAGAUACAUGUAUGCUAGUCGGAGGUUAUCAGUAGUUCACAAUGGCACAUGAGUGUUCAAUAUAAUUUGUUUACUUUGAACUGUUAGUAGUACAUGUAAUUGGAAUCAAUAAAUAUUUAAUUAA